GCCGAGCCUGAGGACGCACUGGCCGGGAGGAGGAGGAGGAGGAGGACUGGACCCCUGGGCGGGAGCGCCCACUGUGUGGUCCUUCUGCCCCGCUUUUCAGGGUUCUUUUUCUCUUUAUGAGAUCCUUUAUACUUUCCUUAGGUCGCUCAGAGGGUAAAGCAUCUGCCUGCAAUGCGGGAGACCCAGGUUCUAGCCCUGGGUUGGGAAGAUCCCCUGGAGAAGGAAAUGGCAACCCACUCCAGUACGCUUGCCUGGAAAAUUACAUGGACCGAGGAGUCCGUGGGAUCGCAGAGAGUCGGACACGACUCAGCGACUUCACUUUUACUUUUUUACCUUCCUUAUGGAAGGCGAAAGGUGUCCUCCCACACCUUCUCCUUGCGUUUGUUUUUUUUUUUUGGUUGGUGUUGUUUUUUACUUUUUUUGGUCUUAACAUUACCCAGAGGCCUAUAUCUUAUUCUCAAACGGUCUGGAGAACUAUUCUAAUGGAAUGUAGUUGUUUUUCUGAGGGAGGAUGGAUGGAGAGAUACAAUCCCGCUCUCACAGUCGCUUUUUAAGGCGUUCACCAGAAGAGCUUCAAGAGGGAGGCUUAGAGACAGCAUUUUAGAGUAAGGCACAAGUGGAUUGCAAGAUUGUGGGCGAAGCGGUCUGUGUGCAGGUGUAGACAACUUAAGCGUUCCUCUGUUACGUUGCUUAAAGAGAAAAAAUGCUGCUAUGAAGACAUAAUUAUAACUUUUGCAUAAAUGAAGUCACAACCAUCAUGAUUUAGUGCUGCCCAAAGGAAGAAAUUCAGUGGAAAAGAGAGUAUUUCUGGGGAUAGUAGAAUGCGUGUGACCUGAAUUUAAACUUGAGCUACUGCCUGAAGUACUAUUCCAUACCAAACGUACUGCAUAAAGGAAAAUUUUGAGUUUUGAAUUCCCAGAAGACAGUAGGAGAGAAGUUACCUUUCUUCCAUUUGGAAAAUUCCAGUCUGGUCAAAGUUCUGAACUACUAAACAACAGAAUAAAAUGGAAUUGAAUAUGAUAUCAGCAUGGAACAAUCUGUUGAUUCAUUAAAAGUCAACCAUAAUGAUUCUGAAGAGUCAAAAACAGAUUCUCAGCCUCUAACCUAUAUGGACCCCAGUGAGCCUUCUUUUGGACAAGAUGGUUCGCCUGGAGUUUUACCCGUUACUACUCCUGAAGAGGACAGUUCACUCUCAUCUCAGAAUAUACCAGGGCCCCUGACUGAGACACAGACCCUCUCUGCAGAGCAAUUCCAUCUAGUGGACCAAAAUGGGCAACCUAUUCAAUAUGAGCUUCAGUCAUUGGGGGAUUCUAACGCACAAAUGAUGAUUGUUGCCAGCCCAUCAGAAAAUGGACAGGUGCUGCGUGUAAUUCCAUCUCCCCAGGCAGGAAUGACACAAGUGAUUAUACCUCAGGGACCACUUAUGGAUGAGAAUAGUCCUCAAGAUGUCUCUGAAGAGAAACCCAGUGACAGAGACUUACCAGCUGUGAGAGUGGAUGCUCUAGCAGACAGUAACAGUAGUUACAUUCUUCAUCCCCAGGCAUCCCUCACGUUGCCCAAAAAGACAGUGACCAGGAUACUCGAAGAACCUCUUUUGGCUCCACUCCAGCCACUUUCUUCUAACACACCUAUAUGGGCCUGCCGUCUUAGGAGCUGUGAGAAAAUUGGAGAUUCAUACCGUGGCUACUGUGUAAGUGAGACUGAAUUGGAAAGCAUCCUAACAUUUCACAAGCAGCAAACACAGAGUGUUUGGGGGACACGCCAGUCUCCAAGCCCAGCCAAGCCAGCUACGCGCUUGAUGUGGAAAUCCCAGUAUGUCCCAUAUGAUGGAAUCCCAUUUGUCAAUGCAGGGAGCAGAGCUGUGGUAAUGGAGUGUCAGUAUGGGCCAAGGAGAAAAGGUUUCCAGUUAAAAAAAAUUGGUGAGCUGGAAAAUAGGUCUUGUCAGCUCUACAAAGCCACUUGUCCAGCCCGGAUUUACAUUAAGAAAGUACAGAAAUUUCCUGACUAUAGAGUUCCUACAGACCCCAAAAUUGACAGGAAGAUAAUCCGAAUGGAGCAGGAGAAAGCCUUUAACUUGCUGAAGAAGAACUUGGUGGAUGCUGGUGGUGUUCUCAGGUGGUAUGUACAGUUACCUACACAACAAGCUCAUCAGUAUCAUGAAUUAGAGACUCCCUGCCUCCCUUUAUCAUCUUCCUCCUUUCCUAUAUCUUCUCUUGAAGAAGAAGAAACUGCAAUUAGAGAUGAGAAUUGUACAUUGCCUUCACGUCUACAUCCUCAAGUAGCACAUAAAAUUCAAGAAUUAGUAUCACAGGGAAUAGAACAAGUGUAUGCAGUUAGGAAACAGCUAAGAAAAUUUGUGGAAAGGGAACUCUUCAAACCUGAUGAAGUACCGGAAAGACAUAAUUUAUCCUUUUUUCCAACUGUAAAUGAUAUAAGAAAUCACAUUCAUGAGGUACAGAAAUCCUUGAGAAAUGGAGAUAAUAUAUAUAACUCAGAGAUUAUUCCAGCAACGCUUCAAUGGACUACAGAUAGUGGGAAUAUUCUCAGAGAGACUGUGACAGUUACACUUGCAGAAGGUAAUUCACAAGGAGAAUCAGUUUCCAGCAAAGUGGAAACAAGUCAGACAAGGAAUUCUUUGUCUCCUGAACCAGCCCACUUGCUCUCCUCCCUUUCUUCAUUUCAGCCAAAGAUAUUCACACACCUGCAGGGUUUGCAGUUACAACCAAGAUUCACUUCUGAUGGAUCACCAGCUCUAAUAUCAGUAAAUAACCACCCCUCUUCCAGUCCUUCAAGACUUCUGGAUUCAGUAGGAAGUGCUGUAAUGAAUAAUAAUUCUCUACUGCUCGGUCAGACUCAUUGCCUUCAAACAGAUACACCUCUAACCCCAAACAGUAGUAUUUCUUCUACCAUGAGUAACCUUCCAGGACCAGAUCAAAAUCUGGUUGCAGUGGAUCAGCUGGUAGAAGUUGAAGAUGUUGAAGAUACAGAGACUCUGGAAGGAAAUGUUCAUCGGAUUCUAUUGGGAAAUGUGCAGACCAUACCAAUACAGAUUAUAGACAGCCCGCCAGUUCUUAUUGAAGAAAAUUCAGAAGGUACCAUUUCUGUGAACCAAGUUAAGCAAGAACCCAAAGAACCAGCAUUGUCUCUGGAAGCAAAACCAAAUUUGGACUGUAAGAAAUUAUCUGCUACAUAAAUUAUUGAAGCUUUUCAGAAUUUACAACUCUGGUGACUUCUGAUGUCAUAGAAAAAGAAGGUGAAUGUUAUCAAAGCACAACAUUGUGAUAAGUGGACUGAAGACUGGGUCAAUGAGCAGCUUUAAUUCAAAACUGACAUUUGUUGCUAACUCCCUAUUUUUACCUUAAGAGAUAUUUUACUCUUAUUUUAUAUAAUUCUUAUACUUUUUAAUUAUCAUAUAAAGAAGGCCAGUAUUUCAGAAGAUCAUCUGAACUUAUCCACAGUGAUAUAGUCUGAACACAAAUUGUUAUCUAAUUCAUCCUUUGAAAAUAUCUAAUUUUGGUUCUUAAAAAAGAACAUCAAAAACAGUAUGUGAGUAUAUAUGUGUGUGUGUGAUGGUUUUUUUAAGUUUUAAAAGAACUUUAAAGUUACGAAGAAAAAUUUUAAAUUAACAAGAGAAUAUCUGAAGUCUGUCUCAUUUGGAAAGAAAAACAACAGAUUUUGCAUCAUAAUAUUAAGCCCAACAUUCACAUCUGUGAAAACUAUGUAGUUGCAUUUUAACUUCUGCCAUAACUAGAAACAAGUAGUAUACCAAUGGUCAUCUCAUAGAAAUUUACUGUGUCAUGGUUAAGUACUGAGAAUUUUAACUUGAGUCAAAUAAGCAAGAGAAAUAAAUGCCUUUUGCAUGGAUUUAUACGGUGUUAUAGUUAAAAAUACUACUUAUGGGUUGAAAAAUGUAGAAAUGGAGAGAAUUCAGAAAGAAUAAUAGAAUUCCCUGGUGUUUAUAGAUAAUCAGGGGAAUUUUUUGAUAUCAGCAGAAGAUGUUUUUUCCUAUUUUGUAUUAAAGAAUCAGCUCUGGUUAGAGAAGAAUUUGAGUUGUACUUAUUUUUCUGUGCCAGAGUUCUUAAUAAAUUGAUGGUAUUUGAAAGAUGGUAAUCUUUCAAGGUAAAGAUUUAUAGUUUAAAAUUUAGCUCAUAUUUAAAACUUUAAAACAACUAGUGUGUUAUAUUUGCUUGUUGAAUAAGCAUAUUUACUUCAAAUACUAAAUACAUACUAAUCAGUAUAUUCAUUAUAAGCUUCUCUUUUCUGGAAGGUUGGUAAAUUAGAAAUGUCAAUUACAGCUAUCAAGAAAUCAACCUAAAGCCUUCUCCUACCCCCCACAAGAGACCUUUUAUGGGUAUAUUUAAAUUUUCAUUUAAAAAAUAAUGAUUUCCAAUGCAAAUUAGUGUUUAAUAUUCAAAGCAUGCAUCAUAUGAAAUUUAAGUUUAGUACUUUAUAUGAAUAUGAGUCUUUUUGGCUUUUCUAAGUCCAGUCUCACAUUCUUAAUUCACUUUAAUUGUUUCAGGUACACAACAUGUAUCUAAGUAUAAAGCACUGUUAUGUUAGAAGUAGAUAGAAUUCUAAAAUUCCUUGCUCUUUAUAUUUAAGCCCUAUUUAACAUAAAAUUUAUUAUUUAUACCUCUAUUUAAUGCAAACUUAAUAUUCAGUUACAUACAUGAUUUUUUUCAUGAUUUUUUAAAAUAAGAAUUGCUUUUCCUUUUCCUAAGAAUCGAAAAUACUUGAUGUCAGCAUUUAUAGAGGCAGGCUGCCAAAUCUAUGUUGUGUGUGCAUGUGUGUGAAGUCAAUGCUAAGCUGAACACAACUCUUAGUUACCUCAAACCCAGAUUUUUCUUUGUGUGUACUUAAUGGGCAUACGUCCAAAUUAAUUUAUAGUUUAAUAUUGCAUUGUGGGUAAUAUUCUUUUCAUUUGUUAUUUCAUAAAAAUGGAAACUUUUUUCAGUAUUUCAAAUAAUAAAUCUUUGCUUUUCACUAAUGACAAUAGAUAAUUAUAGUUUCUUGAGCUAUAUUCCUUUGGAGACAUUCCUUGCUUUUUGAUGUUGAGUUGUUAAGGAGAAAUGCUUGUUAAGAUACAGACUCUAGUCAGUUACCUAGGAGGAUGAGAGAUGGUAGAGGAUCCAGACUUUGGCUCCUGAAGAAGAACAAAACAUAGUUUAAAAACAUCUCUCACUUCAUUCUAUGCGACUGACAUUCUAUGCGACUGAAAUGUCUCUUCUGACAUUUUUUUCAUGAGAACAAAAAGUUGCAGUACAUCCUCCCCACAAACAAAAAGAGAAAGAAAAAAAAGAGCAUGAAGGUUUAAAUCCCUAAUUGUAUACUCUUUUGGUUUUUAGGUAGGAACUGGAACUAUCAAUAUUUUCAUGUAAGUAUUUUAAUGAGUAGCUCUUUAAAAAUGCUUUCUAAAUUAGUUUUUAGAAAUUCAUUUGUCCUCUAAAUGCAUGUUCAGUUACCGUAUAUCAGUAUUUUAUUUUAAAGGUGCUUAGCAUUGCUUUUUACAAAGUAUGUUUACAUAUUUUCAAUAUUCAGUUACUUUUUAAAUGCACAGGGUAUUACACACAGCACAUAGAGUUUUUAGUAUCUGUAUUUGGCAUUCUCCUAACAGCUCUACAGCAAAGUUUGAUAUAUGUUCUUUUGUGUCGUGUAUUACAAGGUGUAAUAUCUGUAGUAGAAAGUUUGGUGUUCAAAAUAAGCAGUCAGAAUUCAUUAUUACAGCUGAGCUUGUUUCUUCAUUGUGGUUAUCAUGUUCCAAGCCUCCAAGUGAACAUUAUAUAUGCUACAGUGAAUUCUAGAUAAACGCAGCCAUGGUGGGUCUUUCCCUCAAUUUUCUAUGUAAGUGGUUAACAUACUUAAAAAGCUUUUAUGUCUUAUACAAGGUAAAUGUUUCCUAAAAGUCACGAAAGUAAUAGAAAAUAGACUUGAUGAUAUGGUCCUGCAUUAGAGUUUCUAAUCUUGAGGCCUAGCCAUAUGUGUUCCAUCUUUAUAUCCUGUCAAAAUACAUACUUAAUCAUGUGAAUAUGAGAAAGAUGCAGUUUAAUUUUAUACCAGGUUUUUUUAAAAGUUUAAAAUGUGUGUAUAUAUAUAUGUGUGUGUGUGUGUGUAUAUAUAUAUAUAUAUAUAGUAACAAUGUUUAGUGUCCUUGUUAUAAUGUAAUUUUUUUCAUUAAAAAAUCUUGUGUUAUUUUUUUCUAACAUUUGUUAAUUUUCUUUUUAUACAUUUCCUGGGCAUCGUGGUAAUUUUGUUCAUCUUGAAGAUGCUAAAUAAACACAUUAAUACCUGAAAAUAUUGGCUAGAGAUUUAUGUUCAAUUUGGAACCUGAACAUUUUAAAGCAUAACUACCAGUAAUUCCUAUUAUCAUUAUGUUAGGGAAUAUAUAUGUAUUUAAUGCUCUCAACUUAGCCAACUCUCAGCCUUUUAAAACAAUGCAUGUAAUAAGGUAUAAAUAGUUCUUCCUCCCCCCCCCCCCCCCCCCCGUAUUUUUUGGCAUUAUAACAUCUUCAAGUACAGUUUUAUAUUUUUGGAGUAAUAACAAGAAUAUAUGAUUUAAAAGGGAGGGAUCAUUAAUUUUUUUCCCUCUUGGCUUUUUUUCUUUCUUUCUUUUUUUCCCCUUUAUUCUACUCUGCCUGUUUUUCAGGAUCAUAGAGUAUCUUAUUCUCUCCAAAGAGGGACUGCAUUGACUCUUCCCCAUCAACUGAUUAGGCUUUAGAUAUCUUAAAUAAUGUACUAUUUUUAUCUAAAUAUUGGUGAUGACAAAGCCUAGUAUACUUUCACCACAUACAAAUUAGGUAUAUUCUGUAAUAUAAAUAUAUUAUAAAUGUGCAUUGCUGACUGAAUUUUUAAAACUUAAGGAAUAAAAUAAGAACUUUAAAAAAAUCACAUUUGUUAAUGGAAAAUUGAUUUCUGAGAGAAAUAAACUAUGAUUAGUAUGGAAAAUGUUUGAGAAUGCGAUAUGGGUAUAAGCGCAGGGGAGAUGUUGCUUAAUAGUGCAGAUUUGCAACUAGUAGUUAUAUAAGUCCUGGAGAUCUGAUGUACUUACUGCAUGGUGACUAUAGUCAACAAUACUGUGUUAUAUAUAUCAGAGUUGCUCAGAGUAGAUCUUAAUUAUUCUCACUACAAAAAAGAAAUAAUAAUUAGUAGACAUAGUAGAGGUGUUAGCUAAAGCUAUAGUGGUAAUCAUAUUGCAAUAUAUAAAUUAUCAGAUUAACACAUUAUAUACCUUAAAUGUUAUAUGUCAGUUAUAUCUCAAUUAAAAAAAGAAUUUUAAAACCAAAGGACAGAGUGGGAGUCAGAUACCGGCAAGAGUUUUUCUUUUUUAACUAUAUCUGUUGAAGUGGGUAAUUGACAUAUAAUAAACUGCACACAUUUAAAGUGUACAGUUAGGUAAGUUUUGAUGUAUAUAUACAUCUUUGAAACCAUCACCACAGUCAAGGAAUAUAUCUAUCACCCCAAAAAGAUUUUUAGUGCCCCUUGGUAAUCCAUUCCCACUUCUUCCUGCCUCUACUCCUACCUGCCCCACCCCAUCCCCAAUAGUUACUAUCCUGCUUUCUGUCACUAGAGGUCAAUUUAUUACAUCUACUAGUUUAUAAAAAUGAAAUCAUAUAGUAUGAGCCUUUUUAAAACCUGACUUUUGUCACUCAGAAUGGUUAUUCUAAGGUUCAUCUGUGUCACAAGAUGUAUGAAUAGUUUAUUCCUUUUUAAUGCUGAGUAGUAUUCCAUUGUGUAAAUUCACCAUACAUUGUUUAUCCAUCCAGCUGUUGAUGGGACAUUUAGAUUGUUUACAGUUCUUGGCUAUUACAAAUAAAGCUGCUAUGAACAUUUGUGUAAGUCUUUGUAUGGACUUAUGCUUUCAUUUCUUUGGGUUAAAUAUCUAUAGGAGUGGAAUGGCUGCGUCAUAUGGUAGGUAUAAAUUUAACUUUUUAAGAAACUGUCAAGUGAUUUUCCAAAGUGAUUGUACCAUUUUACAUUCCAAUUUGCAGUGUAUGAGAGUUCCAGGUGCUGUAUAUUGUAGGCAACACUUGGUAUGAACAGGCUUUUAUGUUUUAGGC